CCGAGUCAUCUGCUUAAUCGUCAACCAAGUGCAAUGUGUCCUGCUCGUGACAAGAACAAUAAGUCAGUGAGUACUGUACCGAGGAAAUCGAACAAGAGCAAAGGAAGUUUUGUCCUGCCAGUUUAUCCUCGUGGAGAACCUGCUCCUGCUCGAAAACGAAAGAGCCCUAAGCCAGAUGGUCACGAGCUUGAAUUGGAAACCGAGCAUACGGUCCCAUGGAUUGCUGCAUUGACCACCUAUUUUUCAUAUGCCAUUUUGAUGGUUUUUGGCACUUUGCGCGAUGCUGUCUUCAAUGUUAUGUGCGUUGUUGACCCUGGACGCUACCGUUCUCCGACACCUAAAGGCUUUGCCAAAUUGAUGAACGAUUUCCAAGAUUUUUACACAAGGCGCCUCUACCAUCGUAUUCAGGAUUGCUUCAAUCGACCUAUAUCAAGUGCACCAGGGGCAUGGAUCGAUGUCAUUGAGCGUGAAUUUGCUAAUGCUGAAAUGAGUACCAUGCGGCAUACUGGAAGCCAUGUUACAGCACUGAAUCUUUCAUCUUAUAAUUAUCUUGGUUUUGCUGAGUCGGAUCUUGAAAUGAGGGAUGAGGUUGUAUCAUCUAUGAGGAGGUUGGGGGUUGGAAAUGCAAGCUCAAGGACGGAGUUGGGUACCACGGAUGUUCAUCACGAGCUCGAAGCCAGGGUGGCACGAUUUUUGGGAAAGGAGGCUGCAAUUGUUUUUGGAAUGGGUUUUGCAACGAAUUCCACGGUUUUGCCAACUUUAGUCGGUUCUGGGGGACUGAUCAUCUCGGACGAAUUGAACCACUCAUCUAUUGUGACUGGAGCCAGGAGCAGUAAUGCCAGGAUCAAGGUGUUCAAGCACAACUGUGCCAAAAGCUUGGAAGAAAUACUUCGCAGCUCCAUUGCAGAGGGACAACCGCGUACAAAACUUCCAUGGAAGAAGAUUCUUGUGGUUGUUGAAGGACUUUACAGUAUGGAGGGAGAAGUAUGUGACCUCAAGAACAUUGUUCAAGUUUGCAAGAAGUACAAGGCCUACGUGUACGUGGAUGAAGCCCAUAGUAUUGGUGCAUUGGGUGCGACUGGUCGGGGUGUUCUGGAAUACUGCGGAGUUGAACCAGUCGAUGUCGAUGUCAUGAUGGGAACGUUCACCAAGUCGUUUGGGUCAGUCGGAGGGUACAUUGCGUCCACCAAGGAGGUGAUUGACUACAUCAGGAGAAUGUCACCAGGAUCAAUCUAUGCUUGCUCAAUGUCUCCUGGUUGUGUAACGCAGGCUAGUCUGGCCCUGCGAAUGAUUGCUGGAGAAGACGGCACCGACAAGGGAAAGAAAAAACUUGACCAGCUGAGGCGCAAUUCCAACCUAUUUCGGGCUGGCCUUCAGAGAAUGGGGUGUGAGGUGCUUGGGCACACGGACUCUCCUGUGAUUCCAGUGAUGCUGUACAACCCAGCAAAGAUUCCUGCGUUCUCCAGAGAAUGUUUGGCCCGCAAAUUAGCAGUAGUUGUUGUUGGAUUCCCAGCCACUCCGCUGAUCAAAUCAAGGGUUCGAUUUUGUUUGUCUGCAGCUCACACAGAGGAGGACUUGAUCUCAGCCUUAAAAGUCAUCGACGAAGUUGCUGAAAGAGUUAUGAUCAAGUAUAAAUGGACUGGACGUCCCAAUGUCGCCCCAUCAGCAGUGGUACAACGUUUAAGUCAGGAGUACUUUGUGGAUGUGGUUGGCGAGUGGGAUGCCACUCAUUUCAACUGGAGGGACACGAUCACGAUCGAUACCAACGGCCGUUUUGCACGCGGUAAUGGCGAACAAGGCAGUUGGAAUGUGCAGGAGAGAAACGGCAAGACCGUUCUUCGUCUUGAAUGGGAUCGCUGGCCAACGGAGGAGUUGGAGUUGGUGCACAUGGAUCAAAGAGACCCAUGCGCUAGUCCGCGCAGACAUGUCUUCAAGGGGCAUGGCAACAUUAUCACUGCUAAUAGCAACACCAUCCCUUUCCCUGACCUUAUCCCUGGCUCGCACUCUACUUUCACCCUCCGCCCCAAGGGUUCUUUGAUAUCCCCCAACGUGAGCCCAAUGCCGAGCCCGUCGAAGCCCGCAGCCACUUCCCGCAUCUCUCAACGCAAGAUCCAGUAACUGCCGCAGCUGCCCAAAUAUAGGCUGAUAUCUUCGAGACCACCUCGAUGCUAGAAUUGUAUUGUUUAACAUUUGAUAAAUUCUUUGUUUGUGGGAUCAGUUAGACGCUGAUUCUGCUCCUUU